AUGCUCACCCUAGAGGCUGCACAGCUUGACGGGCCACACUUCAGCUGUCUGUACCCAGAUGGGGUCUUCUAUGACCUGGACAGCUGCAAGCACUCCAGCUACCCUGACUCAGACGGGGCUCCUGAUCUAUGGAGCUACGGCCUCAGUCCAGCUGUCCCAGCCGCCUCCUAUGAAACCUUUGACCCGGCUGUGGCCACCUUCGGCCACACCCAGGGUGUCCAGCUCUGUUACGGACCCUCAACCUACAGCCCUGUGGGGAACCUGGACCCGGCCCCCAGCCUGGAGGCCCCGGGGCCUGGUUUCCCAGCAUACCCCAUGGAGGACUUCACAAGCCAGACCCUGGGCCCCCUGGCGUACGCCCCAUACCCCAGCCCCGUGCUGUCAGAGGAAGAGGACCUCCUGCUGGACAGUCCCGCCCUGGAGGUCUCGGACAGCGAGUCGGAUGAGGCCCUCAUGGCUGGCCCCGAGGGGAGGGGAUCUGAGGCAGGGGCCCGCAAGAAGCUGCGCCUGUACCAGUUCCUGCUGGGGCUGCUGACGCGCGGAGACAUGCGCGAGUGCGUGUGGUGGGUGGAGCCGGGCGCCGGGGUCUUCCAGUUCUCCUCGAAGCAUAAGGAGCUCCUGGCGCGCCGCUGGGGCCAGCAGAAGGGCAACCGCAAACGCAUGACCUACCAGAAGCUGGCGCGCGCCCUGCGCAACUACGCCAAGACCGGCGAGAUCCGCAAGGUCAAGCGCAAGCUCACCUACCAGUUUGAUAGUGCGCUGCUGCCCGCCGCCCGCCGGGCCUGAGCCCGGGGCGGCCUCUCGGGGGCUCUCAGGGGCUCCACGCCUGUGUCACGUGGGCGUCCCCACACCCUAGGUCAUAGGACCCACGGAUCCCCCACCCUGGCUGUGGGGGCGGGGCGCUGCCACAAUCCCUAAGCCCUGCCCAGGGUCCUUCUGGGAUCCCCCCAGUCAUGUCUGGGGCCUCUUUGGGAUUCCCUUGUCAUGUCCACGGGCCCCAAGAUCUUCAUGUCUUGGGUCGAAGGACCCAGAGACGACUAUACUUAUGUGUCUGUGUGGAGGGGCGGGGCAGGGCAGUGCUUCCAGAACCCCAAGAGCUUCUCUGGGAUCCCCUUGUGAUGUCUGAGAUCCCUUGUGUGUCUGCGAUCUCUCAAUCUCAUCUAGGGGAGGGUGAGCCUACAGAUCAUCACACCAAGAGGGGGACUCUGCCAGCACCCCUAAGCCCUGUCCAGGGUCUUUCUGGGAUCCCCUUCUCAUGUCUGAGUCCCUCCUGUCCCAUCUGAGAUCUAGUUAUGUCUGGGUCCCUCUGGGAACCCUUUGCAUACAUGUCUCUGUGCCCAUCUGUGACUUUCAUUCUGUCUGUCCCCCCAAAUUCCUUUGUCAUUUUUGAGAUCCCCUAAUUCUCUGGAACCACCCCGCUAUCACUUGUUUAUGUCUGGAAUUCUCCGAUCACAUCUACGGUGCCUCUGGGAUCCUUUUGUCAUGUCUGAAAACACCCUUGUCAGGUCUGGAGGGCGGACUUCAGUGAACCUUGUUGUAUCUGGGCCACCUCUGCGAUGCCCUUGUUUGUCUGGAAUCCUCCAAUCACAUCUGAGGCCCCUCUGGGAUCCUCAUCUGGUAUGCCCUUUUGGGGACCCCACCAACAGCUCCGAGUUCUCCUGGGGACCCUCCCCCUCCGGUAAUGCCCUCCCUAGGGCCAUGCUGGGGAUCAAUUCUGGCCACUCAACUGAUUUCUGGAUGACCGUGGCAGCCCUCUCCAUGUCAGUUCUAACCAGAGACUUUGCACAGUCCAGCAACAGUGGACCAGCUUUUCGGUGUGGAGAGGCUGGAGCAGGGUGGUGGCCGCUUCUAAUGGGGAAUCUGUUUUCCAAUCUGCUCAAGUCCCCAUUGCCCCUGGCUGUCAUACCCCGGUGGCUUCUCUCAGUUGUCCGUUCGCGCCAACCAUUCUCGUGUGAAUCCAGCCUGAGCAGAAGCCCGGAUGAACUGUGGGAGCUCUGAUUGGAACCCUCGGGGGGUGUCAGAGGCUGUGGGCUAAGAAGCCAGAGUCCCAGGUCCUUGAGCCUGGGUGGCUGGGGGAUCUAGGGUGAAAGACUUGCUGCUUCUGGGCCAGUUUGGCCCUUCUGUGAAAGGGGAGAGGAGGAGGAGGAAGAUCUCGGAAGUCCCUUGCAGCCCUGUCAAGCCUUUGAUACAUCUCCUGAAAUCCGCCCAUCCGCCCACUGGUGGCCAGAAGGAAGACGAGGAAGGAGCAUCAAGGACCCAGAGAGGGAAGAGGUCCUUGAGGGGGGCACACAGCGGCUGGUAGCAGAGCCCAGGCUGCGACCUGCCCUCAGGA